AUGAGUAUUUUUACUCAAAACAUAAACCCAAUUACUGGGACCCAAACAUGGGAGGAAAGAGAUACAGAUUAUGAUUACUAUCAAGAAAUUGCAAGAUCAGCCUUUGCUGACAUGUUGCAUGACCACGAGAGAAAUGUAAAGUAUUAUCUAGGUCUCAAAGCAGCUAUUGAAAAAAAGCAUAAAGCAGGUCAAGAAGCAAAUGUUUUGGAUAUUGGAACUGGAACAGGUUUGUUGUCCAUGAUGGCAGCACAAUUGGGUGCUGAUAGUAUAGUAGCUUGCGAAACUUUUAAACCAAUUGCAGAAUGUGCCAAAAAAAUAAUAGAAAAAAAUGGUUUUGGUGAUAAAAUUAAAUUAAUUUAUAAAAGGUCUACCAAGUUGACAGUUGGAAAAGAUGGUGAUUUAUUGAAAAGAGCAAACAUAUUGGUUACAGAAGUAUUUGAUACAGAACUUAUAGGAGAGGGUGCUCUUUCAACUUUCCAACAUGCUCAAGAUAUCCUUUUAGAGAAAGAUUGCAUUGUUAUACCUAGCAGUGGGACUAUUUAUGCUCAAGUAGUUGAAAGUACAUUUGUCAAACGAUGGAAUAGAGUUGAUCCUUUAAAACAUAAUAAUAGUGAAACUACCUUGAUCGAAGCUCCUGAUGUGACACAAAGUUGUUCCGGAGCUUCAUCUGUGCAUGAUAUACAACUUUCGCAGUUACCCCAAAAUUCUUUCACUGCAUUGACAGAACCACUGCCAAUGUUUGCAUUUGAUUGGACUGGUAGGAUUAGUUUGAAACUCAACGAUAAAGUAGUUCUUAGUGUUAAACCUAUAGUUGGAGGAACGGCUCAUGCUAUUUUUAUUUGGUGGGACUUAGAUAUGGAUAUGGAUGGCCAGAUCAAAUUAAGUUGUGCUCCAGUUUGGGCGCAUCCAGAUGUGCAGACUAAAUUAAAGAAUGACAUAAAAUAUGAAAAACUGGCAGAUCAAAUCCCAUGGAGAGAUCACUGGAUGCAAGCUGUUUAUUAUUUACCGAAUGACUAUUAUGUAACACCAGAAAAAGAAAUUUCUCUUACUGGUUACCAUGACGAGUAUUCCUUUUGGUUUUCUUUGAACAACACAUCUAAAAACGAAAACUUAAAAAGACCAAUAUGCGAAUGCUACACUCACCUAGCCCUCUCCAGGACUCGUAUUGGUCAGUGGAAUGACGAGAAAAGAAACAAUAAAUUCUUGGAAGCAAUAUCUAAAAAAAUUAAUCCAGACUCGGUGUGUCUCUGUUUUACUGAUACGUCACUCUUAGGUCUUUCAAUUGCAAAAAUGGGAGUUAAAAAAGUGUACUUAUAUGAGAUUAAUUCUCUGUCUUGUAAAACAAUCAAAAUGUACGUGAAGAAGAACAAUCUUGCCGACAAAGUGACGAUUGUCGAUUCAGCUGAUAAAUUACCUUCAAAUGACGAAGUCACACUUAUUUUUGGUGAACCUUACUUUGUCUCGUCCAUAUUACCUUGGGAUAACUUGCAUUUUUGGUAUCUUGCUUCUAAAUACCCACAAAGUAUUUCUCGUGUUCCUUACAGAGCUGUGAUAAAAGGUAUUGUGGUAGAUUUUAAGGAUCUUCAUAAAAUUCGAGCCCCUCUAGGAAUCUGCGAAGGUUUUGAUCUGACAAUUUUUGAUGAUUUGGUACAGUCUUCAAGUGCAAAGGCAGAUAGUCCAGUAGAAGCUCAACCUCUUUGGGAGUAUCCAGGAACGGCACUUAGCUUACCUUUUACAAUAGCAGACUUCAAUCUUAAUGAAAACGUCCAGCAACUAAGUCGGAUUGACGUGAACUGCAGUACUCCAAUUGUCACAAAUGGUACAUACAAUGGAAUUGCGAUCUGGUUAGAUUGGCACUUAGAUGAAGAUACAGUUGUAUCAAGCGGUCCUACUGAAGAUAUAUUUCCUGGAAAAAGAAUAUCAUGGGAUCCUUAUACCAGACAAGGAGUUCACUUACCUCCAAAUACCGAAAAAGUAACUAACGAAAACACUCUUGAAACAUUUUUCAAAUUUAAUCCACAAGAAGGGACAUUGCGAUUCAAUUUUAAAAUGAUAAAAAAAGGUGAAUAAAAAUACU